CAUCGAGUUUAGCGUCGGUUCCUCAAAACGACCGGGCCGAAGGGAAAAGCCACAUUGUGUGGGAAACCAUGAGUAAGAAUCGAGCCUCUUGGAGCUGUCUGUUGACGUUGAACAUCUCACACGAACCGUACCCACAAUGCAAGGCGAGAAGCAUACCACAUAUGGCGAGGAUGCCCAGACCAGCAUCCACGCCUUUGAACCGAGUCACAAGAAUCCGACCGGUGUCCCGGACCAUCAGUCUGAGCUUGCCGCUCAGAUUGCAGCUAUGAGUCCUGAAGAGUAUGCCGAGGCCGAACGCAAAUUACUAAGAAAGAUGGACCUGAAUAUCAUCCCCUGGAUCACGCUGCUAUAUCUGAUGUCCUUCUUGGAUCGAGUCAAUAUCGGUGUCGGCAAGCUCACUGGACUGGUCAAGGAGCUGCACCUCACUUCUCUGGAGUACAGUAACGCGUCGAUGAUCUUCUUCGUCAGCUACGUCGCCUUCGAGGUGCCUUCUAAUCUCGUCUUGAAAAAGUUUCGACCAUCUCGUUGGAUUCCCUUCACCAUGGUCUGCUGGUCGAUCUUCCAGAUUUGCAUGGGUUUGGUCACCAACUAUUCUCAGCUUCUCGCCUUGCGAUUUUGCUUAGGCUUCUUCGAGUCUGGUCUGUUCCCAGGUCUCAACUUCUUCUUGACCGGGUGGUAUCGUCGAGAAGAGAUCAACAGAAGAUGCUCUAUUUUCUUCGCAGGCGCUGUCCUUGCAGGAGCCUUUGGUGGUAUUCUAGGUUACGCCUUUUCUCGUAUGGCAGGAGUUGGGGGCAAGAUGGGCUGGACCUGGGUCUUCGUUUGGGAAGGUCUCUUGACGUUUGUAAUUGCCGUCGCGUCCUUCUGGAUGGUCCAUGACUGGCCGGACCGAGCGAAAUUCCUCACACCACUCGAGCGGGAACUGGUUCUCUACAGACUCAAAGGCGAACAGGGUCUUGCGGGUGAAGGCAAAUUCAGCAUCUCCGUGGUCUGGUCGGCCUUGAAGGACUGGAAGGUGUAUGUUAUGGCUCUGUGCUAUGCUGGUGCCGCCGAGCCAUUGUACAGUGGUUCACUCUUCUCGCCCACCAUCAUUGCGUCUCUCGGCAGAUUCACUACGCCUCAGUCGCUUCUACUGAGUGCUCCGCCCUACGUGCUCAUGUUCAUCACUACUGUCGGUACGGCCUUCCUAUCAGACAGAUUCCGAGUCAGGGGCCUCUUCCUAAUGUUUUGGUCGUUCCUGGCUUGCAUCGGCUACAUCAUGCUCAUGACAGUUUCUUUCAAAGUCCCCGGUGUGCUCUAUUUUGCCGUCUUUAUCACUGCAGGCUCCGUCGGUCCGCUGAUAGGAACCACUAUCGCUUGGACGGGAAACACUUGGGGCAACCAUUAUAAAAAGGCUGUCGCCAUGGGUAUUGUGUUCAUGAGCGGAAACGCUGGAGGCAUCUACUCCUCAGAAGCGUACAGGAUCAAGGACGCGCCUAGAUACCUCCCAGGUCACGGUACAGCGCUUGCUUUCUGCGCCCUCAAUUUCAUCUGCGCCGGGAUCUUGACAAUCUAUUUCAGACGGGAGAACAAGCGACGGGACAUGCUCUAUGGUCCUCCUCCUGCUCUCCACGAGGGUCACUUGUAUGACAGCCCCGAGUAUCUGGCCAAGUGGGGCUUGGAGGGCAUGACUCGGGAGGAGAUCGUGGCGUUGGGAGACAAGCAUCCGGCGUUCCGAUAUAUGCUUUGACGUGGUUCCGAGACUCCAUAUUAGCUCUACAACAGGAUUGCUGGCACACUCGAAUGAUCAGCUCUAAUUUGUCUAGUUUUAUCUCCCCAUGCAUCUGGGACAACGUGCACACGC